GUGAGGACGAUAGGAAGCCUUCUAAGACAUGAGACGGAUGAAGACGGUUGGAUGGAGGUCUUACAAAGUGAUCUAUGGGAACUAGACAAGAACAAUGAGACUUUGGCAUCUCUUAGAUUAAGCUACAAUCGCAAGCCAGCACAUCUGAAACCCUGUUUCGUUUACUGUUCCACGUUUCCAAAGGAUUAUGAGUUCGACAAAGAUGUUUUAGUCAGAUUGUGGAUGGCACAAGGUUACAUGCCACCUCGAGGUAGAAAAACAAUGGAGAACAUCGGAGAUGAAUGUUUUAAUGACUUGCUAAGAAGAUCAUUCUUUGAUUCCUGUGUUGAUUACUUACAUCAUACUACAUUUAAGAUGCAUGAUAUGAUACAUGAUCUAGCAAAAUCUAUUGCUGGAAAUGAGUGCUAUGCAAUUGUGGACAAGAAGCUACCCAGUUCUCCUGAUAAGGUUCGCCAUUUAUACGUGCAAGGUCUAGGGGAAUUAGUGAAAUCACCGAGCCCCCACAAUCUUAGGGUCCUACGGAGCUUGUCACGAUGGACUCAGUAUGGUCCACGUCCAAUCCAAGAAAUAGCUCAGUUUUCGCUGCUAAGAUGUUUAGAAUUUUGUUGGCUAACAUUUGAGAUCCCAGAUUUACUCGGUAACCUGAAGCACCUACGCUACUUACGUAUCGCAUCGGAAUGUAUGGAGAAGCUCCCUGAAUCAGUAUGCCUCCUUUACCACCUACAGACAUUGAUUCUUUAUUGUUGUGCUCUUGCAAAGUUACCAGAUGGCCUAGGUAACCUUAUUAACCUACGAUGCUUGAAACUAUAUUCAGUUUGUAUUAAAAGGCUCCCUGAAUCAGUUCGUCAGCUAUGUAACCUGCAGAGUUUGGAUCUUCGCUUGUGCAAAGAACUUAAAGAGUUACCCAGUGGCAUAGGAAGCCUUACUAACCUCCGCCACCUAGAUACUGUGGGCAUUCAAAUUCUCUGUCUGCCUGCUGGAAUUGAAAAGCUAACAAAUCUUCAGAGAUUGCGUGGACGUUAUAAAGUGCAGGGUGGGAUAGGAGUGUCCAAGGACUUGGUGAACCUCCAAGGAGAUCUUUGCAUCGCAGGGAUCGGGAAUUUGGUCGGCAUAGAGGAUGCGAAGGAUUUCGGGCUUAAAUAUAAGCAUAAACUUGAGCGGUUGCAUCUAUUUUGGGAUGCCCACCGCACACAUGCUUGGCUUUAUGCUGAUCGAUUGAUUCUAGAAGUUUUUCUAGAGGAAAAUAAGGAUGUUCCAGCCGAUGAAAAAAAGGGGGAAGCACUGCUUUAGUUUCUCCAACCUCCCACCAACCUCAAAGAGUUGCUUAUAGAUGGGUAUGGUGGUUCU